UCUUCCCAUAGAAAAUGGUUACCACUGCCCAAUCUCAAGCAACCACUGUACCACGCCAGAUUGCCAUCAUAGGUGCUGGUGUAGUCGGCACAGCCGUGGCAACACAACUUGUUCAUGCCGGUUAUUCGGUCAGCAUCAGCAAUUCGAGAGGCCCCAGCAGUCUCUAUGAAGUAGAGAGAUUAACAGGUGCUAAAGCACUGGACCUCGAGCGAGCAGUAUCCGAAGCGGAUGUUGUUGUCCUGGCGGUGCCCAUGAGUGGUAUUCUCCCCUUGCAGCCGAUUUUACAUUCAUGUAUGCGCCCUGGCAUGGUCUUGGUUGAUGCCUGCAAUUAUUAUCCUUCGCGUGAUGGGAUCAUUCAACAGGUGGAUGAGGGUAUGGCGGAGAGUGUCUGGAUAUCAGAAACUGUUUCGUUCCCUGUUGUGAAAGCCUUGAAUAAUAUCAUCGCGCUCAACAUUGCUUCUAGUGCGAGACCAAAAGGUUCGCCUAAGAGAGUGGCGCUCCCUGUCGCAGGAGAUGACGACAAAGCUGUGGCAGUUGUGAUGGAAUUGUUGGAAGCAAUAGGGUUUGACGCAUUUAACGCGGGUCCCUUGGAAGAUUCAUGGCGACAACAGGCUGGACAACCGGCAUACUGCACCGAACCAACCUUGAAAGAACUCGUGACUUUGCUCAGCUCAGCACACCGAGAAAAGGCGAAGGAAAAUAGAGAUAAGGUAAUGGCAAUUGCAAAGAAACUACCACCAGAUUUUUCGCCGCAGAGUAUGGUGCAAGUAGCCCGGCUGGGCGCUGGUCUAGAUUUGUGGAAGCCUCGAAGUUGGCUCGCAGCGAUACAGCUUGCGUACGCUCUUGCACGGGCGAGUUUCAAACGCACUGCUUAA